AUGGCCACUGUUGCGCAGGGCUCGCAUUCGCACUCUGCCAGUGUGACUAACGGCGAAUCACACGAUCUGCCUCCUCCAGCUGGGCCCCCGCGAAAAGGCAAGGCCAAAAAAGACAAACCAAGCGCCGAGGAAAAUGCCAAACUCGUUCAAGCCAGACUGUCGCAAUUAGAGCAGGAGCGGGCGGGCGAGAAGACGCAGCAAGCAGAAGUCGAUCGCGAAGUCAAAAAGGCGACCCGCGACCUAAAUGAGUUGCUCAAUUCAGUCAAGGACCCUAUGGCUCGAAUAGAACUCUUGCAACGAAAAUAUGAGGAGCUGCUCACAGAGAUGAAAAGAGUGGAUCGGGAAUACAUCAAAACCAAAAAGAAGUCCGAUCAGCAGCAGAAGGAACAGGACAAAUCCAAGACGGAGCACAACAAGACUGCAACUAUGAAAGACAAGCUAGAGAAGCUGUGCAGAGAGCUCACCAAGGAGAACAAGAAGGUGAAGGACGAGAACAAGCGCCUAGAGGAGUCGGAGCGAGCGUCUCGAGAGACGGUCAACGAACGGUUGGAUUUGAUGCUCUACGAUGUGCAAGAAGUCAUGAACUCGAAGGGCACAUCGCAUCCAGAGAAUCUCCAUAUGGAGUUGGACGAACUAAUCAAGGCCCGCUCCAAGAUCCUCUUCGACCAGGCUGAAUUGCGAGAGAUGCACUUCAAGACCAUCUUUCGCCACCGCGAUGCAGAAAUCGCCAACGUCAGUGCCAAGUAUGAAGCAGAACGCCGCCGCGCCGAUGCCGAAGCGGCAAGAUGCCGUACCCUGACGAACCAGGUUUCGACAUUCUCGCAUACCGAAGCAGAGCUACGGUCGCAGCUCAACAUCUACGUGGAGAAGUUCAAACAGCAGGUCGAGGAUACCCUCAACAAUAGCAACGAGCUUUUCUUGACAUUCCGCAAGGAAAUGGAGGAGAUGUCCAAGAAGACCAAGCGUCUGGAGCGGGAGAAUCAGACCUUGACUCGUAAACACGACCAAACAAAUCGCAACAUUCUCGAGAUGGCUGAGGAGCGAAGUCGAGAUAAGGAGGAGAUCGAGCGGCUGAGAAUACAGGAGACCAAGAUGCGAAACAUCAUCAAGAGUAUGCAGGAGCAGGGCCGAGGACUAGCUUCAGGAUCAGGGGCACUUGGUGGCGGUGUCCUGGACGACGAGGGUACGGAAAGUGAGUACGACGAAGAAUAUGAGGACGAGGACGAAGAUUAUAUCGAAGGUGACGAGGAGGAACUGGCCGCUCAGGAGGCGGAGCUGGCGGCACAAGCCCAGGCACAAAGCCACGCCCAGAUGAAGCAGCCUGAGAAGCCAGUCUUCGGACCAAUUCCCCCGCCGGAUCUCAAGUCGAUGGCCAACGGCGUCAGCGUGAAACACUGA